CAGUCUCGCACACCACACGUGCAUACAGAUCCCCCACAGAUUUCACUGUUGAUUUUGAAAAUAUUUCCAGUAGGAACCGCUUAUUUAAUAAAAUCUUAAAAAGACCUUUCUGUAAUGACUGACAGUUCCCUAAAGAUCAUUUGUGUGGAACACUAGAACACAACUGCGUUAUUGUUAAUGACUGGUGCGUGUCUCUUUUAGAGAAACUACCUUUGGAAGACCAUGACAAGCAGUAAAAAACAAAGCACUUCUGUACAUGAAGUCUAAUGGCUUUGGAUGUGUCAGGAGGCUAGAAGGCUGCUGCCCUUCUCCUUAGGUUUUAUUGCAAGGUCUCAAGUAAGCCAAGUAAUCUGCCCUGGACAAGCCAUCCAAUCUAUCUUUAGCCCCCGCGAGCAAGUGAAUGGAGAGCCCGACUUAUCUUCACUGCUGUCAUCGGGACUGCCAGUAUUUUUAGGGGACAGCAGCAGCUGCAAAAGCAUUUAACGGUCUUCCACGAACAAUGACACUCGGGGUGUCUCAGGGCUGAACACCGCAGAGGUAGUGGGAACACUGUAGAGUACAGAGGGACGCUGUCAAACAGCAUUGAGGAAAACAACCAUUAUACCAGUGCGGGGCAGACAGAAGCCUGGCAAAAUGUACAGGUGAUGAGGAGUGGAUCAGCGGAAACUUUUGUGAAGUUGUUCUGAAGACCGCGUCUCGACAAAUCACACAGGGAUUUACAUCCAGAGCAGCGAAAGAAAACAGGAAGUGAGCAUCCAGAGGAGCAGGCCUUACUUUAGUGGCAGGAUCAGAGGCCUGGUGCGGAAUGUAUGUCUACAAUCAACCCUAAAGACCGUGGAGAGACACUUAACUAUUACUGAAACGGACAACGAAGAUCUCACUUCAGUGAGACAGAGACUGAAUGCCUGAAGCCUGUUGGGCUGUGGUGAGGCUGGCAAGCAAACAGAGAUGGAUGUGUUUGGUGGAGCACCGCGGUUCCUGGCCUACCCUCGUCCUGUGGUGGUGCAGAGUGGCACAGAUGCCGUCCUGAAAUGCCAGAUAGGAGGGGAUCCUAGACCAGCAGUUAUAUGGGAGAGGAACAAUGAGAAAAUCCACCCGGGGGGCAGAUAUCGCGUGUUUGAGGACGGUAAUGUCUACAAUCUCAUCAUUACUCUAGUGACUGCAGAGGACAGUGGCCAGUACAUAUGCAAGGCCAAGAACAGUAUCGGGGAGACUUAUGCUGCGGCAACAUUGAAAGUGGAAGGCGAGGCUCAGGAGAUGGAGCAGAGGGAGGAGAACAAGCCUCGUUUUCUCAUUAAACCCCUGUCUACGCGUGUGGGCCGAGGAGAAGACGCUGUGUUCUCGUGCAAGCUGUGGGGAAAUCCUAGGCCUGAGGUGGCCUGGGAAAAGGAUGGAAAGAAGCUGAAUGAGAUCUUUGAGAGCACACAUUUCAGUGUGGGAUACCAGGAUGGAGGAUGGUUCCAGCUAAAGAUUUUUAAGACCCGGGCACCUGAUGGAGGUGUCUACACAUGCAAGGCAAGGAAUGAGUUUGGUGAAAGUCUUGCUGGAGCUGUGCUGCUGGUGGAUGCGGGCCCGGGACAUGAAGACGAGGGGAACCGCAAUGGUUAUACCAAUGGCCACUGGAAGGGACAUCAAGGAAAGCCGAGGAGCGGCAGACCGAUUGCAGCGCGGCUAAAAGAUGAGCCUCUGCCAAACUCAGCCAAAGUGAAAAUGUUUGCGGUGACGGAGGGAAAACAUGCCAAAUUCCGUUGCUAUGUGACAGGCAAGCCCAAACCAGAAAUUAUCUGGAGGAAAGAUGGGAGAUUAAUCUUGUCUGGACGGAGGUAUCUACUGUAUGAAGACAGAGAGGGGUACUUCACACUGAAAGUCCUUUACUGUAAACAGCAGGACAAUGGGGUCUAUGUGUGUGCCGCCUCCAACACUGCAGGACAAACGCUGAGUGCAGUCCAUCUUUCUGUGAAAGAACCACCUGUAAGAUUCAAGCAACCACUCACUGACCUUCAGGUCUGGGAGCGGGACCUAGCCAUUCUUGAGUGUGAAGUACCGGAGGACUCUGUGCCCAUCACAUGGUAUUUGGAAGACAGGCGGUUACAACCAGGGGCCAAAUAUGGAAUGGAGGAGUGGGGUACAAAGCGGCGACUCACAAUUCGUGACAUUGGAGUUGAUGAUGAUGGCAUAUACUUAUGUGAGAUGCCGGAUGGAGGAAGAAGCAUUGCUGAGGUAGCUGUCAAAGGUACUAUUGUAAGAAAGCUACCAAGAAAAGUGGAUGUUCUUGAGGGAGAAAAUGCCGCAUUCUGUGUGGAAGUUGAAGAGGAAGAAAUGGACAUUCACUGGUACAAAGAUGGGGUAGAGUUAAGGGAGACACAUCAAACCAUUCUGAAGUCCUUUGGUAGAACUCAUAUUUUGGUCUUUGUCAAUACUACACCACAAGAUUCUGGCAUGGUCACCUUCUACGUGGGCAGAUCAAAGACAUCAUCUCAGCUAAGGGUGAAAGCUGCAAGGCACUGUCCACCCAGCUGCCCUAUAGGAGUGCAGAUAAACACAGAGCGUGCCAAUGCAGCGCUGCUGUCUUGGGUUCCAGCCCAGGACUCUCGGAAGAAUCCACCUUCUGGCUACAUCCUAGAGAGACAGGAAAUGGGCUCUCAGGAGUGGCUACAGUGCCUAACUACUGACUCAGCAACCUCAGUAGAGAUUCUUGGUGACAGUGUUCCCUGUGAGGCUGACUAUAGAUUCCGUAUUUGCAGUGUUAACAAGUAUGGAAGAAGUGGAUAUGUGGAGUUCCCUCGAGCAGUUCACCUUGUUCCUGUGGCCAAAAUACAAGCACCCCUACAAGAUGCCUUGGUGCCAGAGGGUCAAGAUGCCUGUUUUUCUAUUGAGUUGUCUGCAUCAGUCAUAGGCACUUGGUUCCUGAAUGGCAAUCAGCUCCAGGAAGAUGAGCGCUUUUCCAUCAGGCGUUCUCGUACACACCAAUCCCUUCGUAUUCGGGGGGUACGAGACACUGACAACGGAGCUGAAAUUACCUUCAUUGCUUAUGGAAUUCGAGAUUCAGCAGCUUUGUAUAUACAAGCUCCUUUGGUUAAAUUUACUCCCCUCUCUGAAAUGGACCGAAAUAAGUUUGUGGAAGUUGGCAAUCCAAUUGUGCUGUACUGUGAGCUGUCUGAUCCCGAAGCCUCAGUCCGCUGGUAUAAGAACGGCGUUGAGCUGCACUCAAUCGAAGGUCUUCACAUCCAGUCAGAGGGAACAAUGAGGAGAAUUGUCAUUCAGUCAGCUGAGUUCUCCCAUUCAGGAGUUUAUAGCUGUGAUGCCAUUGAUGAUGUCAUCAGGUUUAAUGUGGAAGUUGAAGCCCCACCUGUGAGAUUCACAGUGCUUCCAGAGGCUGAGAGAAACAAGUCGAUUGAAGCUGGCUGUCCGAUUGUACUUCAGUGUGAGCUCUCAGAUCCGAGUGCCCAGGUCUCCUGGUACAAAGAUGGAGCAAAACUCCUGCCACAGAGUGGACUAGACAUCCAGUGUGAUAGCACUCAGAGGACACUGGUAAUCCAAAAGGCUGAAUUUUUCCAUUCUGGGGUGUACAGCUGCAAGACAAAGGGUGCUGCAGUCCAGUUCAUUGUGGAAGUUAAAGCUCCACCGGUGAGGUUCUCAGCUGUCCCGGGCAUUGAGAGGAGAAAGUGUGCUGAAGCAGGCUGCACCGUUGUUCUGCAGUGCGAGAUAUCAGACUCAACUGCACAAGUCCACUGGUUCAAGGAAGGGAAGCAAAUUCUCGUAGAAUCUGGAGUAAUCAUCCAAUCAGAGGGCUGCAUGCGGAGAAUAAUCAUUCAGACAGCAGCCCUGUCUCACUCUGGUGUGUACAGGUGUGCAACAAAAGAUGACGCCGUCGAGUUUCAUGUGGAGAUCAGAGCUGUACCAGUGCGGUUCUCGGCUGUUCUGGAAAACGAGAAGAAAAAAUGCAUUGAAGCCGGCAGCCGUUUUGAGCUCCGCUGUGAGGUAUCAGACCCUACAGCCCACGUCCGCUGGUACAAGAAUGAAACAGAGCUCCUAUCAGAGACUGGCUGGGGCACUGAAGCUGAGGGCACGCUGAGGAUGUUGGUAGUCCAGUCAGCAGAUCCCAGUCAUUCGGGAAUUUACCGCUGCAACACGUCUGACGACUCUGUCCAGUUCUCUGUGGAUAUCAAAGCUCCACCAGUGAUGUUCUCAGCCUUCCCAGAGGCUGUGAAGAACCAGCUUUUUGAAGCAGACUACCCCACUGAUCUACACUGUGAGAUCUCAGACCCACCAGCCAAGGUGUGUUGGUACGAGGAUGGAGUAGAGCUCAUCUCAAAAAGUCAACCUCAAAUCAAAAGGAAGGAUUCCAGAAGGACACUAGCUGCUGCCAAGACAGCACAGGCUUCCGAGUCUGGACACUACGACUGUGUGAGAAAGGAUGAUGUCAUCCAGUUUAAUGUGCAAGAUGAAGCUUCACCUUUGGAACCGCUAGAGGCUCAAGAUGUUGAGAAGAACACAGAUAUUGAAGAAAGCAUCCCCAUUGCAGUACAGUAUGAAAUCUUGGAUUCUAUUAAGUGUGGCUACCAAGAGAUGGUACAAAACGAUGAUGAGAUGCUGCAUCAAGAUGGAUUUGAAUCAGAGCCUCAAAUUAAAUCAGAAGAAUCAAUUAGACCUUUAAUCAUCAAAUCAUCUGAGACACCUUACACUGGAGAAGAGAGACCAUGGACAUCAGAUGAUCCCAUCCAGUUUAAUGUGGACAAAGCCGAGCUGUCUCACUCUGAGGUGUACAAGGGUGAGAUCUAUGAUGACUCUGUCCAGUGCACUGUGGAUAUUAAAGCUGAUUCCCUGAGGUUCACAACGGCCCCUGAAGUUGCGAAGAGCGAAAUCACUGAGGAAAGAUGUCCAGAUCAAGUUGAGCCUAUGAUAUCUGAUUCCUCUGCCCAAGUAUGUGGCUACGAAGAAGAAUGGCAACAGCCCCAAAAACCGAUCAACGCGAAAGCUGAGUGCCUUUACGAAGAAGACCGAAGUCCCUUCGGAGUGCAAGAGAUUCGUACGGAUGAUGUUUUAGCAUUUAAGGUGGAUCGUGAAGCUCCAAAGAUGAAUUUCUCAACUACUCAAGAAGUCCCGGACAACGUGCCCCCUGAAGCGGAAUGUCUCAGAGUACCGAAUGAGAUCUCUGAGAAGAAGCCUCCUGAAGUGGACUGUCUCAGUGUACUGAAAGAUAUUGUUGAGCAGAAGCACCAUGAAGAAGACUGUUACAGUGUACUAAAUGAGAUAUCCGAGAAGAAAACUCCUGAAGCAGACUACAGCAGAGAACUGGAUGAGAUCUCUGAGCUCAAACUUUCUGACGUGGACAGUCUCAUGGCACAGAGUGGGAUCUCUGAGCUAAAACUUUCUAAUUUAGACAGUUUCACAGUACAGAGUGAGAUCUCAGAGCUGAAACUUUUUGACUCAGACAGUCUCACAGUACAGAGUGAGAGCUCAGAGCUGAAAUUUUCUGAUCCAGACAGUCUCACAGUACAGAGUGAGAUCUCAGAGCUAAAAUGUUCUGAUCCAGACUAUCUUAGAGUACAAAGUGAGAUCUCAGAGCUGAUACCGUCUGACGAAAACAGUCUCACAGUACAGAGUGAGAUCUCAGAGCUAAAACUUUCUCACCCAGACUAUCUUAGAUUACAAAGUGAGAUCUUAGAGCUGAAACCGUCUGACGAAGACAGUCUCACAGUACAGUGCGAGAUCUCUGAGCUGACACAUUCUGACCCAGACUAUCUUAGCGUACAGAAUGAGAUUUCUGAGCAGAAACUUUCAGAAACAGACUCACUCACAGUACAGUGUGAGAUCUCUGAUCAAAGGUCUCAUGAAGCAGACUACCUCAGAGUACUGAAUGAGCCCUUGCAGUGGAAGCAUCCUGAAGCAGACAAUCUCGAAGCACUAAAUGAGAUUUCAGUACUUCCUCCUGAAGCAGACAUGCUUGGAGUAUGGAACAAGAUCUCUGAGCAGAAACCUCCAGAAGCAGACUCUUUUGGAAUAUGUCAUAAGAUCUCUGAGCAGAAAACUGCUCAAACAUACUGUCCAAAAGAACUCAAUGAGACCUCUAAGCAGAAUUCUCCUGAAACAGUCUGUCUCAGCCUCUUAAAUGAGACCUCUGAACGGAAGGCCCAAAUCGGUGGGCAUGAUGAAAUGUCAAUAAUCCACCAACAAGACUGGACAAACAUAAAGUCUAAUCUCACCUCAGAGAAACAGUUUGCUCAGUUAUCAAACAUACCUCACAAAGAGGUGUACAGAGCUGAGACAAAGGAUCAGUCUAGGACGUAUCAACACAAAGUAAAAGCACCUGCAUUUAAACCGGUGAAAUUUGCACCACUACCUGAGACUGCCAGGCACAAGACCACUGAGUGUGGCAUGCCUCUAGUACUGCAGUGUGAAAUAGCAGACCCCGAAGCUCCAGUGUCUUGGUACAAGGAUGGAAUACAACUUCAGAAUAAAAACGGAAUAGUGAUCCAGUCAGAGGACUGCAUACGGAGAGUGGUUAUCCCAACAGCAGAGCUCUGGCACUCAGGAGUAUACAACUGCGAGGCAAUGGAUGAUGUCAUAAAAUUUAAGGUGUAUGUCAAAGCUGCACCGCUGAAAAGUCCAACAAUUCCUGAAGCUGCACCGCUGAAAAGUCCAACUAUUCCUGAAGCUGCACAGCUGAAAAGUCCAACAAUUCCUGAAGCUGCACAGCUGAAAAGUCCAAUUUCUGAAGCUGCACCCCUGGAAAGUCCAAUUCCUGAAGCUGCACCACUGAAAAGUCCAAUUUCUGAAGCUGCACCAAGGAAAAGCCCAAUUUCAGAAGCUGCACCACUGAAAAGUCCAAUUCCUGAGACUGUACUACUGAAAAGUACAACAAUUCCAGAGGCUGCACCACUGAAAAGUCCAACAAUUACAGAGGAUGUACUACUGAAAAGUCCAACAGUUCCUGAGACUGGUAAAAACGAAAUAAUGGCAGAUGAAGGAGACUCCGUCACCUUUCCACAAAGGGAGAAUUUAAAUUCAAAAGCUCAGGUCUGCUGGUACAGCGAAGAAGAAAACUGGCAAAAAUAUCCAACAGUCAGCCAAUCAAGAGAUACAUUGAGUACCUUUGAAGGUACUUUAAGAAGUCAUUGGGCUGAGCUGCCUGACUCUGGAGUUUACAGUUGUGAGACAGAGGAUACUGACCACCAGUUUGCUGUGGAUCCACCAGUCAAGCUCUCCGCUGUCACUGAAGCUCAGAGGAAUAAAUGCGCUGCAGUUGGAGACCCCUUUGAACUACAGUGUGAGGUCUCAGAUGCUGCUGCACAGGUUUGCUGGUACAAAGAUGGGGAUGAGGUGCUGUCUCAAGCUGGAGUUGUGAUACUGUCUGAGGGUACGAAACGAAAACUCUCUGUAAAUUCAGCUAAACUGUCUCACGGUGGAACUUACAGCUGCAAGACAGACUCUGAUGCCAUCACGUUCAACGUGGAAAUCAAAGUGCCAUCACAGAGGUUCAGACCAUUGUCAGAGAUGGAGAGGAGCAUAUGCAUUGAAGUAGGCUCACCAAUUGUUCUGAAAUGUGAGAUUUCAGACUCUGCAGACCGGGUUUCCUGGUGGAAAGAUGGCAAAGAGCUCUCCCCCAAAAAUGAUCUUAAUAUCCAAAGAGAUGGAAAUUUGAGGAAAUUAACUAUUCAGUCAGCCAAGCUUUCUGACAGUGGACACUACACCUGUGGUACUCCUGAUGAUGCUGUGUCAUUCAGAGUGGAUGUUCAAGUUCCUCCCACAAGGUUCUCUGAACUUCCAGAAGUGGCAAAGAACAAGUUCAUUGAAGCAGGCUGCCCUAUUAUACUUCAGUGUGAAAUCUCUGACCCAGCUGCCCAAGUUUCCUGGCUCAAAGAUAGAGUACCACUCCUCCAACAGACUGGCCUUGACAUCCAAUCAGAGGGCACCAUGAGGACAAUGAUCAUCCAUUCAGCUGAGCUCGAACACACGGGAGUGUACAGCUGUGAAGCUAGGAAUGAUCACAUAGCAUUCAAGGUGGAUGUUGCAGCACCUCCGGUGACAUUUGUCUAUAUCCCAGAGGAAGAGCUCCACAGAAAUAUUGUGGAACAGGACAGUCUGUCCCUUUGUUGUGAGGUGUCCAGGUGUGAUGCCGCUACACAGUGGUACAAGGAUGGAGUUGAAAUACAGUCUAGUGACAGAGUCUUGAUAGAGACAGAAAACACCAUACGAAAACUGAUUAUUCAGUCAGUUCAGCUGUCUGAUGCUGGGGUGUACACUUGCCGUGCAGGAGACAGUGCCUUAAUAUUCAAGGUUAAUGUAAGAGAGCCCCCUGUAAUGAUAGUUUAUCCCAAAGAAGAUGUUCAUCUUGAUCGUCACGUUCCAGAGGAAAUAGUCCUCAGCUGUGAACUUUCUCGCCCAAAUGGAAAAGUGACUUGGCUCAAGGAUGGACAGAAACUUCAAGAAAGUGAAAAUAUAAAGCUGAAGACAGAAGGCCCUUACAGGAGACUGAAGAUUCUUCAUGGCAGAGUUGAAGAUUCUGGAGAAUAUGUCUGCGACACUGCUGAUGACUCAAAGUUCUUCCAUCUCAGCAUAAAAGAACCCCCAGUGCGCAUAGUUUCUCCAAGCCAGUCUCAAAUGGAGCUUUGCCAGCAAACGUCAGAGAGGAUGGUACUGAGUUGUGAAAUUUCAAGACCCAACGCUUCAGUGCGCUGGUAUCGUGAUGGACUCGAGGUAGAAGAGAACAACAACCUAAUCCUGGAAGUCGAUGGUGUUUACAGGAGACUCAUAAUACCAGAGACAACAGUAAAUGAUUCUGCAGAAUACGUGUGCGACACAGCUGAUGACUCUGUGACAUUCUUUGUUAAUAUUGCAGAACCACCAGUGCGAUUUAUUCGUCCAAGAAAAAUGGCCUACGAAGUUGAGAAAUACGUUGGAGACACAGUGCUGCUUGACUGUGACGUGUCCAGAACAAAUGCUGAAGUCAGCUGGAAAAAGAAUGGGGAAGAGAUUGAAGAGAACAGUAACAUAACCAUCACUGAAGAUGGCAGUAGCCGACAGCUGACGAUUCAUUCAGCAGAGCUUAAGGAUGCUGGCAAAUAUGUCUGUGACGCUAAAGAUGACGUCAUGGAUUUCCAUGUGAAAUUACUUGAGGCCCCUCUUACAUUUCUGCGAAAAGCAGAUAUAGCUACAGACAGACACAUACUGGUAUCAGAUGCUAUUGUGCUGAAGUGUGAACUCUCCAGAACAAAUGGCGUAGUCCACUGGUACAAGGACAAUGAGAGUAUUGCGGGUAAUGAGCAUUUCAUCUGUGAAGAAGAAGGAGCAUUCAGAUCUCUGAUCGUUUUGAAUGCUGAGAUCAAGGACUCUGGGGAAUACGUUUGUGAUGCGAAAGAUGACAAGGUUGCGUUCAGUGUCACUGUGAAAGAGGCACCAGUCUCUAUACUAGGAAACUCUGGGAACCCAGAACACUACACACUGGUUGCAGGGGAUGAGCUGAUUCUUGAGUGUGAGGUGUCUCGAGAGAAUGCCAAUGUUCAGUGGCUCUGCAAUGGCAGGGUUCUGAAUGCUGACUCAAGAACACAUAUUGAAAGCAGAGGCAGAAUGAGAAAACUUGUACUCUCAAACCUUUGCGUUAAGGACUCGGGAGAAUAUGUCUGUGAUGCCACUGAUGACAAAAUGACAACCAUAGUGAAAGUUCAAGAGAUACCAUUCCAGUUCAUCAAGAAGGAAGAAAGAGCAAACAUUGCUGCCUACGAAGAAGACAGUGUAACACUCUGCGCUGUGGUUAACAGGAACAAUGCCCGAGUUCAGUGGCGCAAAGAUGGUGAUCGAAUUAGAGGUGAUCGAUUUUGUACCACAAGUGAUGGCCAUAAUCAUUACUUGACCAUAAAUCCCCUGAAAAGGUCUGAUGCUGGGGAAUACAUGUGUGACGUGGGCACAGAUCAGACCAACUUCACUGUCCAUGUGAAAGAUAUGAAGGUGAAAUUCUCCAAGCCGCUGGACGAUACAGUGGGGAUUAAGAACAGUGAUGUGGUUUUAAAGUGUGAGCUCUAUAAGUCCAAAGGAGAUGUCCAGUGGCUAAAAAACAACAAAGAGAUUACACCAAGCCGACACUUUACCAUCAGGGCCGAUGGGAGAGAGAGAAGUCUCACAAUACACAAUGUGACAGAUGAUGAUGAAGGAGAAUAUGCUUGUGAAUCUAAAGAUGAGAGAACAUCUGCAACAGUUGUGGUUAAAUCCCCUCGGAUUGUGGAGUUCAUAGCUGAGUUACACAACGUUACGGUUAUGGAAGGAGAGGAUGCCACAUUUAAGUGUGUAGUGUCCCCAGAAGAUGCGAUGCUGGUCUGGUGUAUGAAUGGCUGGCCCAUUACAUCAAGUGAGAGGUUUAAUAUCUCAAGUAAUGGACUGUGCCAUAUGCUGCACAUCAACAACUGCCAAGUAUCGGACAGCUGCAAGCUGACAGCCGAAGCCGAAGGCGUGAUAUCCAAAGCUAUCCUUCAGGUUCAAGAGGCGCAGGUUAUGUUCACAAAGCAAAUGGAAUCGGUGGUGGUGGAGGAGUACGGGGAGGCGACUCUGGAGGUGGAGGUGAGCCUGGAAUGUGGGGAAGUGCAGUGGAUGAGACAAGGCGUAGUCAUACACCCGGGGCCCAAGUUCACCCUGAAGCAGAGCGGCCAAAAACGCUCCCUCACAAUCCGCAAGCUUGCCCUUUCUGACCGGGGCACGUACAGCUGUGAGACGCUCCACGACCGCACGCAGGCCAAGCUCGGCGUGGAACCACGGAAAGUUAAAAUACGCAAAGGAUUGAGUGAGCUCCAAACUUUUGAGCGUGAGACGGCAUCCUUCGAGGUGGAGCUCUCGCACAGCAACGUGGAAGGGGCGUGGCAAAAGGACGGGAGUCGCCUGAAAAGCAACAACCACUAUCGCAUGACUGCCAAAGGCCGUAUCCACAGCCUAACUAUCUCCAACCUGUCUCUGGAGGACAGUGGCGCCUACACAUUCUCUGCUGAGAACGCACGAUCAUCCGCCAGACUCACUGUUAAAGAGACACCAGUAUCCAUCCUAAAGAAAUUGGAGGACAGCAGAUAUCCAGAAGGCACUGGAGUUACGCUUGAGUGUGAGCUGUCCAGGCAUAAUGUGGAUGUUAAGUGGACAAAGAAUGGAGUCGAGCUUAAGCCAGGCAAGAAUCAUCGUAUAUACUCCAUGGGGAGGAAGCGCUUCCUGCAGAUCUUAAAAUGUGAACUGGGUGAUUCGGGUGUAUACGUGUGUGAUGCUGGAGAUGCCACUACUUCCUGCUCCUUGGAAGUCUACGAGAGGGAGCUUGAAGUGUUGCAGAGUCUAGAAGAUCUGGAUAUUCAGGAGGACCAGAAUGCUGUGUUCAUGUGUGAAGUAUCCCUGGAUGAUGUACCAGGAGAGUGGUUUAAGAAUGGAGAGAAAAUCAAACCCACCAGCACCAUCAAAAUCCGACAGGAAGGAACCAAGCACUUCCUCCUCAUGUGCAACGUUAAAGGAGACGAUUCGGGUGAGAUCAAAUUCGUCGCCAAGAACAUUGAGUCUAUUGCCUAUCUUGACGUGGAAGAACUCCCUGUGAACAUAGUGAACCCGCUGCAAGAUAAAACAGCUUUGGAGAAGACCCGUGUCAUACUGGACUGCACGGUUUCUAAUCCUCGAUGCAGCAUCCGCUGGUAUAAAGGCAGCAAUGUCAUUCUGCCCUCAGAGCGCUUUGAGAUUUGCAGCGAGGGCUGCUAUCGUAAGCUUGUCAUUCAGCAGGUGGCACUGGAGGAUGAGGGCACAUAUAGUGUCCAGGUGGGAGAUUACACCUGCUCAGCAAAACUCACAGUGGAAGCUCAGUCCAUCCUGAUGGUACAGGAUUUGCAGGAUGUGGAGGUGACAGCGCCAGAGGAGGCCUGCUUUGCGUGUGAAGUCUCUGUGCCUGUUAAGACUCCUGUUUGGACUCUGAAUGGAGAAGUCCUCCAGCCUGGCCCCAGAGUUCUUGUGGAGAAAAUGGGGACUGUUCACCGGCUCACCCUGAGGCAGACAUCAGAGGACAUGAGUGGUGUGGUGGAGUUUGUUUCAGGAAAAGCCAAAAGCACUGCACAACUGCGAGUUAAAAAGUAAAAACGUGAAAUUACACCUGAGAGACGUGGAACCAUCUUGCAAUUACUGAAACUGAUGCCUUGAAGACAGAGAGUGAAGACGUAUUCGUCUGUUCUUUAACGGCUCAGUGAGUGAGGGGUCUGGGUUUAACCCUCCUGUAAUGUUGGCCUGUAACUGUUAGGAAUCGCAGUAAUGUUCCCCAGUCACUUAGUGCACAUUCAACCAAAAGUAGGUGAAAAGCAUAAUUUCUUCAUAAUCAUUGUCUAACUAAAUUCAUAUUAAUUUAAGAAGUAUUAAGUGUAAUUAUUUCAGAUAUCUUACAGGUUUACUUAUAAAUAAUUAUAUUUUUCGCAAUAAAUAUUCGCGAAAAACUAUUAAUUGCCAAAAAAAACUGCACAUCCAACACUUUUUAUUAGAAUAUUAUUUGCCCCUGCAGCCCCUAAUUUUAAGUUUUAAUCAUUUGCACUAAUAAACCCAGCCAAAAUGUAUCAUGCCUUAAUUAAUAUUUUCUCUAUAUUUUUAAACAUUUUAAUGUUUAAUCAACAUAACAGGAGGGUUAAAAUGAUAUCUUGAGUUUAGAGAAUUUGCUUAUGUAGGCCUACAUCCACCCAGCCAGUCCAAAAGAUUUGCACUGAUCAACAAAACUGUAAUUCUAUAUUUCAGUGUAAAUUAAACAAUAUAAUAUUCUCCCUAUACCACGUUUACUGUUAGCUUUUGUGAUUGUAUUGGCAUUUACACUACUGUCAGUUUGUUAUAUAUUAUUUUUAUUAGUUUUGAGCAUUGUAAAUGUCAGCGGACGAAGGUUACCAUGCCAAGAAGAAUCUGUGACAUUAAGAAAACUUAAAUUUGUUGUGAAGUAAGUAUUUAAUUCCUUUAAAUGUUUGUCUAUUGUCCUUUGUAUAGAGACCCUUUUUCUAAAUAUUAUUUUUAGUGGAAUGUAGGUUAAAGGGAUACUGAGAGGCAUAGAGUUACAGAAGUGAGGAAAAACAGCACAGGGCCAAAAGGUUAUUAUAGGAAGGCUUAGUUCUGGAUGCUUGUGUCAUCACAUACAUGACAGUGAGUCAGCAUUAUCUGUUAAAUCAACAUAUUUAUCACACCAGUAGGGGGACUGUGUCAUUAACAAAUAAACAAAUGUUUUCUUGAGCAGUUGAGCCUGUUGCUUCAUUCAUAUUUAUUUUACUGGGCUUCACCUGCUGUUUCUAGUAGGCAGUAGUGUUGUUUACUUGUGUACUGUUUACUAGUUAUAGAAACAGCUGUCAAUAAAAUAAGCUUUACUCGUCA